AUGGUGCAAGAAAGACAAACCCAAGGGAAGGCAGUCUGCUGGACCCUGAGACUCUGGUCAGUUGCUGUGGUUUCCAUGUUACUCUUGAGCACCUGUUUCAUUGUGAGUGGUAUAGUGACUUACAAGUUUAUGAUGGACAAGCCCAGUAGAAGACUGUCUGAACUUCACACAUACCAUUCCAGUCUCACCUGCUUCAGUGAAGGGACCAUGAUGUCAGAAAAAAUGUGGGCAAGCUGCCCAAAUCACUGGAAGUCAUUUGGCUCCAGCUGCUACCUCAUUUGUACCAAGGAGAACUUCUGGAUCAUCAGUGAGCAGAAUUGCGUUCAGAUGGGGGCUCACCUGGUGGUGAUCAAUACUGAAGCUGAGCAGAAUUUCAUCAUCCAACAGCUGAAUGAAUCACGUACUUACUUCCUGGGUCUUUCUGAUCCACAAGGCAAUGGCAAAUGGCAAUGGAUCGAUAAUACUCCUUUCAGUCAAAACAUCAGGUUCUGGCACCCCCAAGAGCCCAAUCUUCCAGAAGAGCAGUGCGCUUCAAUAGUUUACUGGAAUCCUUUAAAGUGGGGCUGGAAUGAUGUUUUUUGUGAUAAUAAACACUAUUCAAUAUGUCAAAUGAAGAAGAUUUACCUAUGA